AUGCCGCUGCUCAAAACAUACAUCGCAAUAUCCGUCGGCUAUCUUCUCGCUCAGAGGCGUCUGUUCUCGGCGGAUGCUUCCACAGGGGCCUCGCAGGUCUUCAAGAACAUAUGUCUCCCGGCCCUAAUAUUCUCGAACGUUGUCCCUGCAUUCACCUCUUCCAACAUAUCCGCACUUGGCCCUCUGUUCUCGAUCGCCUUCACUUAUGUUGGCAUAGGGUUCCUUUUUGGACUGUUAAUCAGAGAGUUCUUCUAUGUUCCGCGCAAUUUCUGGCAAGGGAUUGUUGUUCUAUGUGGCAUGAGCAACUGGGGUAACCUACCCAGUGCCAUCGUGUCAUCUAUCAUGACAGAUUCGCCAAUCAAUCCAGAUGCCGAUCCCGAAUUGGGCAUCUCGUACGUCGCUGUCUUCAUUGUGACGUAUCACUUUGUGUUUUGGAUCACCGGAGUUGCUCGCUCUCUUUCUUGGGACUACUUGCCAGACGUUCCUCAGAACUCAGAGGCAGAACGUCUCUAUUCGUGGAAGGAGAAGCCCAUAGGGGGGUUCAUUGCACGUCGUAUCCGGCGCAAGCGGGUACCGUCAAGAUCAUCUUCGGUAAACCCCGAGAACGUGAACAUUGAAGCAGAUCUCGAACGAAGCGAACAAAAGAAUGCAAAAUUAGAGAUGGACGACACAAGUUCCUCCAUGGAGGCGUAUGACGACUCCAGACAGCCCUCCGUUCAGCAUGAGAUCUCCUCAACUUCGCCUAUACAACCUGUUCCUCGGUCGUCACCUGUGCCUGAAUCCGUCGAGACGUCCGCUACCCACAUGCCUCCGCCACCAUUCUUGCAACGGCUGAAAAAGGCACUACAGCCUGCGUCUGCUGCAGUGACACCCAUCACUUGCACGCUCGUCAUCUCGGUUCCGGUCUCACUAAUACCGGAUCUCAAAGCAUUGUUCACGCCGGUCACAGGAGGGCAGAUUGGACAGGGCCGGACGGGGAACCACCGUUCCGAAUUCCUAGGAAACAUGGCGGUCCCGCUAUCCCUGAUUAUACUCGGCGCAUCUUUCGCCCGACUCAAGAUUUCCCGGCCCUUCUCCGGUCUGCCGAUUAUGGCUAUGAUCGCGGCAGCAGUUGCGAAGAUGAUAGUCCUUCCUAUUAUCGGCAUCUUUGUAGUGCAGGCGAUGGUGAGGGAUCGCUUGAUUGCCAAAGAUGCUCUAGCGGAGCGGUUUGUAGCGAUGUUCCUCAGCGGUACUCCAGCGGCAGUCAACCAGUUGAUAGUGUCUAACUUGUAUUCGACGACAGGGGAAGUCGAUACGCUCUCGGCUUUCUUGCUCGUUCAAUAUGUCGGCAUGUUAUUCUCUUCAACGUAA